AUAUAUAUUUUAUUUUUUAAUAUAUAAUUGUGAACGUGAAACAUUUAUCCUCAAUGGCGCAUUUUCGAUCCGGACUCCAAAUUUUCGGUUUAAUCUCAUUAAACAAGAAUAAAUAUAACCCCUUGUGGCAACAAUCGUGGCAGUACGCCAAGUCUAUCUGUUCAAAGAAAAAUAUUAUUGAUUAUAACAGACGAUCAGUAUCAAAGACACCUAAGCAUUAUGGAGUAAGGAAAAAAAUAUGUUUUUUGAACAUUCAAAGAACAUCAUCAUCGACACAGAAGAAACUCGCAGAACGGAAAUUGUCCCUUUGGGAAUAUGUGUUUGGUCCUAAGAAAUCUUCAAAGAAUCCUUGCGCUCACCAGCUGACCAAUUGUCAAGAACAAGCGUGUUCCAAGAAUUUGCGUUAUCAAAUGGCAUCUAGGAAUGUGAUCUACAUCGAUCUGAUUAAAUCGAAAAAUACGAGAUUUACAGAACCGCAGCCUAAGCCACCACCCUCGUACAAAUUGCCCAGAGCUGUUUUGCUGAACAAGGCGAUAAUAGAAGGUUUCCCUAAGGAUGAUAAAACUUGUGAGGGUAAGACGGUUACACCUACAACGCCCAGAAAACCAUACGAAGAAAUGAAGCCGGAUUCAAAUAGUUUAAAUACCAAGAGAACCACCGAUCAGCAUCAAAAGAACAUUAGAUCAAAGAACACUAAAUCAUAUCCUCCGACCUAUGAGAAAUUUCGUAUGUCGAUGAUACCAGUAUCAGACUCGGCGAAAGCUCGCGAUAUUACAGCGAAAAUAUUGCGUCAGGCGAUGGCACAGGAAGAGCCACAAAUGCAUUCGAGAAUUGAGCAAUUCAAAAUUUUAACGAAAGAGAUGUCCAAGUCCAAUAACAUGCGUCAUAAAUAGAUCCAAAGUGUAAAAAUUCCGAUAAAUAAUUAUAGGUAUAUAAAUAAUAAACAUCUUCGUGAGAUCUU